CUGCGGCGUGUGGCAGCGAGAUGUCUCACAGGAAAUUCUCAGCUCCUAGGCAUGGGUCCUUGGGCUUCUUGCCUCGGAAGCGCAGCAGCCGGCAUCGUGGAAAAGUGAAGAGCUUCCCUAAGGAUGACCCUUCCAAGCCCGUUCACCUCACAGCCUUUCUAGGGUACAAGGCUGGCAUGACCCACAUUGUCCGGGAAGUUGACCGGCCAGGAUCUAAGGUGAACAAGAAAGAAGUUGUGGGGGCUGUGACCAUUGUGGAAACCCCACCCAUGGUGGUUGUGGGUAUUGUGGGAUAUGUAGAGACCCCACGAGGCCUCCGGACCUUCAAGACUGUAUUUGCUGAGCACAUCAGCGAUGAGUGUAAAAGGCAUUUCUAUAAGAAUUGUCACAAAUCUAAGAAGAAGGCUUUUACCAAGUUUAAGAAAUGGCAAGAUGACACUGGCAAGAAGCAACUGGAGAAGGACUUCAACAGCGUGAAGAAGUACUGCCAGGUCAUCCGCAUAAUUGCUCACACUCAGAUGCACCUGCUUCCUCUGCGCCAGAAGAAGGCACACUUGAUGGAGAUCCAGGUGAAUGGGGGCACUGUAGCUGAGAAGCUAGACUGGGCCCGAGAGAGGCUGGAGCAGCAGGUCCCCGUGAACCAGGUGUUUGGGCAGGAUGAGAUGAUUGACGUCAUCGGCGUGACAAAGGGCAAAGGCUACAAAGGGGUGACCAGUCUUCGGCACACAAAGAAGCUGCCCCGAAAGACCCACCGAGGUCUGCGCAAAGUUGCCUGUAUUGGAGCUUGGCAUCCUGCCCGUGUAGCCUUCUCUGUGGCUCGAGCUGGGCAGAAAGGCUACCAUCACCGAACAGAGAUCAACAAGAAGAUUUACAAGAUUGGUCAAGGCUACCUCAUCAAGGACGGUAAACUGAUCAAGAACAAUGCAUCUGCUUACUAUUACCUGUCUGACAAGAGCAUCAACCCACUGGGUGGCUUUGUCCAUUAUGGUGAGGUGACCAAUGAUUUCAUCAUGCUCAUAGGCUGUGUGGUGGGAACCAAGAAGCGAGUGCUUACUCUUUGGAAGUCCUUGCUGGUCCAGACCAAGCGUCGGGCUCUGGAGAAGAUUGACGUGAAGUUCUUUGACACCACCUCCAAGUUCGGACAUGGUCCCUUCCAGACCAUGGAGGAAAAGAAAGCAUUCAUGGGAACACUCAAGAAAGAUCGCAUUGCCAAGGAGGAAGGUGCCUGAUGCCAGGAGUACUUUGUGCAGCUGGUGGGGUCUCAUCAAUAAAAUGUUUCCAAUUAAAAAAA